AUGAUUGUGAAGUAAAAAAGAGAAAUCUUUCAUGUUCAAUUAAGAAGAAAUUAGAGAGAAUAGAUAUUUUCAAAAAAAAGAAUAUUAGACUUGCCACAAUAGUAAUAAUAAUAGGGGACUUCAGAAUAGGCCAUUAUACUUUUAAAAGGAGGAAUGUCUAAUCAAAUGAGUUUGUCAGAGAUGUUUUAAGAAUUACAUUAAUUGCUACCUAAAUAUGGUGAUCUUCAUUUGAAGACCUUGCCGUAUAUAAUAUAAGGGGUUAAGAAAUAUCUGUAGGAUGCAGAUUCAUCUCUACUUUACAUGAAUGACGAAGAUCGUGAAAUGUCAGAAUAUACGGUACUUGAAAUACUUUAGUAUUUGGGAUCAUUAACUUAUCACAUUAAGGUGGAAUUUGAUUUAGAAAAUUUGAUUGAUAUGUUAGUGGCAAUACUCAACUCAACAGAUGAGUUCAAAUUGAUUGAAAGAGUAUGCUAAGUUUUUUAAAAUCUUCUUUUUGACUUCGAAGAUGCUUCACCUUAUUUACUUAAGUGUGAGAUUGUAACUAAGUUAGCAAAUAAGUUUCUAGACUGCAAUGUAAGUUAUGACUUGAACAACCUUGCUCCUAUGUUUAGAGUGUUAUAAUAAUUGGAUGGAGUUAACUAUUACGAUUUCAAUUAAAUACAUCCGUUGCUGCAUAGAUUGUAGAAUGACUCAAAGGUUGAUACUUAAAUGUAUUGUGAAAUAAUUGAAGGAUUCUUUGCUUUUUUAAUAAAAUGCACAAAUUAAUUGAGUGUUCAGGAUGAUUCACAGAAACUGUUACAAUUUUAACUAUUUAAUAAGUUAUUUGAAUUUUAAUAUGUCAAUUGGUCUGUGAGUUUAGUGUUUAAGUACAAAAAUCAAAAAAAAUUAGUAUCAGUAAUAUACUCAUUUCUUCAGAAUUUGAGUUAAGGAGAUUGUGGAAAGAAAUUAAUUUCUUAAGGUGUUUUAACAGCAAUAAAUGAGCAUUUGGCUGAUAAGAGUGUCUCUUAAAAUCAACUCUAUUCAAUAUUAACUAAUCUUAUAGUUGAUGAUUUUGACAGUGUUAUGAAAAAUGGCAUUUUAAAAAAAGUGCAUUCUCAAUUUGAACAAGGAUUUUAUUCUGCUGAUUACAUAAAUGAAUUAAUGUAUUGCAUCUCAACUGCUUUUUACACAGCAAGUGAGAGUUAAAUCCUAGAGUUAAUCAAGCUUAGAUUGGCAGACUGUUUAGUUUUAUAUAUCAGUUAGUAGCCAAUGGAGCUUUUAGACUUAGAAUUGUGUAGUGCGAUCUUUUCAGCAAUACAUUCAGUUUUUGUGAAGUAACCCUAGAAGUCGGUGUACAGUUUAAAGAAGAAAUUACGAAAUGAUUCUAUAUUUCUUGCAAGGAGUAGUUAAAUAUACGACAUAAGUUAGAAGGAUGAAAAUGAAUAUGAAGAAAUGGUAAAAUAUUUGAACAAAAAUGAUUGA